GGUAGCCGUAGGGUGGAGCAAACGUUGCCUUAGCAACGGCCUCCCUGCAACUUUGAACUUAUGCUUCACAAGAUUGUCAUUAAUGCAAAUUUCUGUAGAUUUGACCACUCAAGGCCUCGAUGGCUACAAGCAGCUCGUCUGUGUUCCUUCUCACAGUGAACGGACAGAUCGAGGGCGCGAACUUUCCCGAAUAUGACAAUUUGUAUUGCAAAUAUUGUUACGUGUACGGCCACGAUUGGGCUCCCACCACAGGUCUAGAAGAAGGCAUCACUCAGAUAACAUGCAAAAGCAGCCAGUCCAACAGGUUAAUAUGGAACUUCCCACUGGAAACCACCUUUAAGAGCACAAACCCAUUUGGAUGGCCUCAGCUUGUGGUGAGCGUGUAUGGUCCAGAUGUGUUUGGCAAUGAUGUGGUCAGGGGCUACGGAGCAACGCACAUCCCUUUCACACCUGGACAACAAAAAAGAACCAUUCCCAUGUUUGUUCCUGAGCCCACGUGGAGACUGCAGAAGUUCACAGGCUGGUUGUUAGGACGGCGGCCCGAGUACACGGACCCUAAAGUUGUAGCGCAGGGGGAAGGCAGAGAAGUGACGAGGGUUCGGUCUCAAGGCUUCGUAACGGUUUCCUUCAACAUCAUGACUAAAGACAUGAAGAAGAUGGGCUACGAUGCAGGACCACCUAUCCCAUCCAACACCCAGUCUGCCACACCCGACUCGUAGAGGAAAUAACUCACUGCUCGUUAUUUAAGCCUUCAGGAUGUUUUUACGUUCACAUCAAAAAAUGCAAAUUCAUGUGAAUUUACAGCAGUCAGCCAUAACAUUAUAACCACUUCUCACGUUCGACACAAGCAAAUACGGGGGGUAUCUGAAAUCGGGACAUUGGAUGUUUUUGACUUAUCUGGAUAGUAUGAGUCGGUUUAUUUAAAGUAAUACUUUAGAUCUUCUGAAGUGGAGUUCGACAGAACAAUUGUUCAAAUCCUACUUGCAGGUCUUUAAAUAACCUGUUUGGAGAAACAGAUUAAUUCUGACAACAAAGAGUUAACAGCUAGUCCAACCACAGCCAAUCAAAGUGGAUUAAAUUCCAUAUUUGGAAUGUGAUCACUUUGUAGAAUCCUAUAGUUGGGUUUUCACAUCAAACCUCCAGUAUGUAGGUUUGUUGUACCAAUAUGAGUAGUGUUAAAGUAUCAGCGGUCAUAAUGUUAUGGCUGAAUGAUGUUGAUCCACAAUACUGACCACAGAUGACUUUAUAU